UAAAUAUUGAUUGAAGUCAUAUGAUUUUGACGCUUUUAUUACAACCAACACAAACAUUUUGUGCUUUCGAUUGAAGAACAAAUGAAAGACAACAAUAAAAUGGGUGAACAAGCUGUUUUCCCCCAAAACAACGCCCCAAAUGACCAAAAUGAGGAAGACAUGGAAGAAGAUCACAAUGAAUCAGAAGAGGAAGAUGAUUUGGAAGACAUGUCCCAAGAAGAAUUUAAUGCUUUAAACAAUAAAAUGGACGAGUUAAACUCAGCACUGGACAAUAUUGAACAAAAAAACGAAGUAAUCUACUCUGAAUUGCUGAAACUCUUGCAAGCGAAUCGCGAAAUUCGCGAACAAAUGGAGAGUCAAUCACAAACAGCAAAAGCCUCCAAGUCAUCUGAGCAAUAAGAUUAAUUAGUUGAUAAUAAUGUAAAUAAGUACAGUAGUUUUGUUGCAUUUAUGUGUGUUUUAAACAUUAUAAGUUCAAGGAGAAAAAAUGAUAAGUUAAUUAUAUGUAAAUAUGAUAAGAGCGUUGAGAAUGUCGCAAAGAUUAUUACGGAAUAACUGAAA